GUCCUGCACACAUUACAAGAUGAUCACUGGUUCUAUUUUGCGUGUCACAGCACACAAGACUUUGCGGAACCCUUCAAGUCUGCUUUUCUCAUGCGCAACCUACCGCUGCCACUCCUCGAUAUCACUCAAACUGAUCUGUCUGGGCAUGAAUCUGCCUUCCUUUGCGCAUGUGAGACAGUAGCCCGUGAUUUCCAAACUCCUGACGAAGUGAUACACCUGGCGGCCGGCCUA